AUGUUCCGCGCUCGGCCAAAUCACAUCCGUCCGUCUGAAGUCUCGGCCAAAGUCCAAACCGACCGGCCGAUCACGCACACGACCCGGGAAACAUUGCCCGCGGUCGGCCAAGCUUCAACGCCCACGCGCACGACCGCGCGCGAGCCGGGAAACAAGCCUCGCGGCCGCGCAACCGUUCGCGUACCACGGCCGAUGCAUCCGUCCGAGCCGGGAAAGAACGUCCCACGUCCGGCCGAGAAUUUCAUCGGCCAAAUCUCAUCCGUCGACCACGCCGGCCGACCGCGAAUCCAUCCGACCCCGACCGUUCCGACUCGGCCACGACCCGAUUGUCCGGCCGAUCGUCCCGCACGACCGUCCCAACGCCGCGGUCGACCCGAAGCCCUUUUUGAAGCCCAAACUUAUGUUUUCAAGCCCGGCUUAACCCUAAGCCGCCUCUAG